CCCGAGGCUGGGGUGGGUGGGGAGGCCGCCCCGUGACAGCCUCGCCGUCGCGCCCUUCUGUGACAUCUCGCAGCCGCUACCUCGCCGCUACUGUCAUCCCUUGCUCCCGCGCUGACACCUUUUCUGAGUCUCGCGUUUUGCAGGCUGACAGCAUACCCCGGCAGCUCCCCUGGGGUCGGCACCCUUUAGACACCCCCUUUCAUUCCUUGCCUUCUCAGGGGAGGGCAAAGCGUGGUCGACGCUGCUUUGAACUUGUUUGGGAGGCGUCACAGCAGCAACCCGAACAUGAGCGGUGCUAGCGAAGUCCGAAUUUCACUGCUCUUUUGACAGAUUUUAUUUUUAUUAUCCUGAAACAUCUUUCUAAAAUAAUUGUUAAGAGGGGGAUAUGUUUUUUAACUAUAGACUUGGUACGUGAUAAAUGUGACAUCUUGCAUUUCAGAAAGGAAUAUGACUCGGUUGAUUGAUACGAGUAAACGAGCUGUUUCUAAUUGCCUUCUAGUACAUGGCAAUGUCUGUCUAGUGUUCUGUAAUAUUUUUAAGACCAUUAACCGUGCAGACCGCACUCUUUCUGGUCAUAGAGUCCUUAUAGCCCUCGUAUUUGUUAAUGUAUUUCUUUUGAAGCAUGAGUCUUCAGACACAUUUUAAUAAAGACUACUCCCAGAUACUAAGUAUUCUGACUUUUUCUGAUUGCACAUUUGGUAGUUCCCAUGGUGGAGGUUUCCUAUGACCAUCUCUCCCUUAAAUUCUUUUGUUUGAAUUUGUUAUCACAGUUUUUUUCCAAGGAAAGACAUGCCUUAAACUAACUAAAUUCGACUUUGCUACAUUGAAGUUUUGGCUGAAGGUUCACCUAAGCAAACUUGCAUGUCAGAGGCCCUAUCUGCCCUGUCAGGUCCUGACUGCCUUGGACUGAAACAGUUUCAAGAUCUGCUUUGAAUCCCUGGUCCUUCGCUGCUGCCCUAGGAUACUUCAGAGAAUGCCCAAGUGGAUUUUGUAUUGGAAGACAUGGAUCUUGCUGCCAACGAGCUCAGCAUUUAUGACAAACUUUCAGAGACUGUUGAUUUGGUGAGGCAGACAGGCCAUCAGUGUGGCAUGUCAGAGAAGGCAAUUGAAAAAUUUAUCAGACAGCUGCUGGAAAAGAAUGAACCUCAGAGGAGAGCACCCCAGUAUCCUCUCCUUAUAGCUCUGUAUAAGGUCCUUGUGACCCUGGGAUUAAUCUUGCUCACUGCCUACUUUGUGAUUCAACCUUUCAGCCCAUUACCACCUGAACCAGUGCUUUCAGGAGCUCACAGCUGGCGCUCGCUCAUCCAUCACAUCCGGCUGAUGUCCUUGCCCAUCACCAAGAAGUAUAUGCCAGAAAAUAAGGGAGUUCCUCCACGUAGGGAUGACGGAGACAGGCCCUUUCCAGACUUUGAUCCCUGGUCGACAAACAACUGUGAGCAAAAUGAGUCAGACCCCAUCCCUGCCAACUGCACGGGCUGCACCCAGAAUUUACCCCUCAAGGUAAUGCUCCUGGAAGAUACUCCUGAGAAAUUUGAGCUACUCCAUCCUCUGGUGAUCAAGACGGAAAAGCCCCUGUUAUCUGAGGAGCUUCAGCAUUUUUUGUGUCAAUACCCUGAGGCGGCUGAAGGCUUCACCGAAGGGUUUUUCACCAAGUGGUGGCGCUGCUUUCCUGACCGGUGGUUCCCGUUUCCUUAUCCAUGGAGAAGACCUCUGAAUAGGUCACAAAUUUUACAUGAGCUUUUUCCUGUUUUCACCUACCUACCAUUUCCAAAAGAUGCCUCCUUGAAAAAAUGCUUCCUUCUUCACCCGGAACCUGUUGUGGGGAGUAAGAUGCACAGAAUGCAUGACCUAUUUACCGUUGUCAGUGGUGAGGCCAUGUUGCAGCUCAUCCCUCCCUUCCAGUGCCGGAGACACUGCCAGUCCGUGGCGAUGCAGCUAGAGCCAGGGGAUAUCGGCUAUGCCGGUGCGGCCCACUGGAAGGUCUACAUUAUAGCCAGAGGGGACCAGCCAUUGGUCGUCUGCGAUGGAACCACCCUCUCAGAACCGUAGGAAACAGAACACUACACAAGAACAGCUUUGAGAGCUGAAGACCAGGCCAAAAGGGGGAAAAUAAAAACAAUGACGCUGCUCUCUGGGGGUUGGUUACUUCUAGUUACCGGCUCUUUGCAUGUGUGUGAGCCAGCCAUGUGCUGGAGGCAGUGGCCAGCGCCCACCCUCCUGAAUCUUCAUGCACAUGGCCUGGAAGGUUUCCAACCCCUGCUACUUGGCCAGGACUCUGCCAGCACCUGCCUGUGAGAGACUGGGCUCUUCAGGCCUUUUGGCCUCCAGGCUGCCCCCCAGGCAAGGAAUAGGUUCGAUGCCCUCUGUCACCUGCAUGGGCAUAAUCUCCUCUGCUGGCUCCCUGGCCACAGAGAGGCAGCCAGCAGAUCCCAACUUCAGAGAGAUUCUUUACCAGGUGGUCCUGCUUAUCCCCUGUCUUCCUGGCCACGUCAUCCUGUACUUUCUGGAAAGCCAUGGCUGAGUAAAUAAACCAUUGCAAUUUCCCACGCAGAACGGAAUCUAGAACCAGUGGAAGAGAUGAAAUAACUGUGCAUUUCACUCAGAAGGGCACUUCUUUGCCAGUGUCCAGACACUUGGAGACUCGGUGACGCCAGGCUGGAGUCUGACUUUAAUUUGUAAUGGUAGUUCCUAAGGUACUGCUUUUCCCCCGUUUUGUCAGGUUCUCAUACCCCGCCCCACUAGCUCGCCUUCUCCCUUGCCUGUCUGGUUGCUUUCUCAGUUUGGCUCCCGACCUUCCCUCCCUCGGCCAGGCGGAGCCCUGACUGCCAAGGCAGCACCACUCCUGCCCAUUGUGCUGCCUUCACGGGUCCUCAGAGGGGACAAGUUAGCUGGCCUGGGAGAGGGUGCCUCACUGGGUUUGAUCUACUGGCUACAGUUCUGCAGGGCAAGAUGUUUUACAGAUGUGUCAAGCCGAUGUUGUAAUGUGGCUGGGGAGGAACGCCAGACACAGAGUGUUUGCCAGCUGGGUGUGUAACUGUGUGAUCCUCUAUUUUAAAACGAUUUCUCUUGUGCUGGGAAACAAGGUGAAGUGUUUUAUUUUCUGUAAUAUAAAGCUGUGUCCUUUCAUUUCAAUGAUUCACUAUGCACGUUGUUUUUCCCAAGUGUUUUCCGUAUGUAUUAAUCAAAUGGUGUAAAUAAGGACACUCUUGCUCCAUUUUCCUUUCUUGAUACUGCUAGAUACCUGGCCACUGGUCACGCUUUUGCCAAGAUGAAGAAAAAACAAACCACACUGCAGUCUCUGAUUCUGAAUCACAGAAAUCAAGUGGCUAUAGUAGGUGUCUGUAUCAUAGUUACAGGCCAGAGCAGACAGUGGUGAGGGAAGGUGGUGGGGACCCCUGUGGGCUCCUCUUAUCCUUGGAGGAGUCCCUGCGCCUUGUCUCCCAAGCCCUCUCUCUCUGUGCACACUUUCUGAGCAGCCGUGGGGAUCGCCAAGCACUCAAGUGGCCUGUCUGUCUGUGGGGUUAUAAAGGACAAGCCGUGUUCACAGGGCUGAGGGCUGGAAACACUCAGCCUCCUCCAUGGGUCUGAGUGAAACCAGAGUAGAUGGUACCUGAGGGAAUUCUUCGCUAAAAGAAAUCAGCCUCUUGUGUGGAUUAGAACAGGAAAAACAAAUCUCUUUGUACAUAUAAAAGUCACAGUGCUAAACAAUUAUGAUUUGAGAGCUUUUAAAUCAGAAGGAUCAUUUAGAGGUCAGCUUUGUGCAAGCUUUUUGAGCCUUCCACAGUGUCUUAACCCGGGGAAGGAGUAGAUGUAAACAAGUUCUUUAGAGUCCUCUCAAAGUUUUAUAAAUUAGGCCCUUUGAGUUAAUAAAAGACAGGUUUCCUUAGGAGCAAAGCAACUAUUUUGAUUAUUGACGUUUCUGUUUUGCUUUUAUGAAUUACCAUGUGUUCUUUCCCCAUUUCGCUCCUGCCUUUCACACCUUCAAUGUCCAUAAAAUACCCACCCACUUUGCUUCAAAACUUUGCAAACUAAGACACCUUUUCACAUGUUGGGUUCUAAGGUAUCCCCUGGAAAGUUCCCUAAGCUGUGAGCAGUAGUUCCAAAAAAAAAAAAAAAAACCCACUGCUGUCAGCAGUAGUUUAGCAAUUCAAUAAAGGAUGAUUGGGUUGUUGGGUGCCGUUGCAUCAAUUCUGACUCACAGGGACUGUAUAGGACAGCGUAGAACUGCCCCAUAGGGUUUCCUAGGUUUUUAGUCUUUACAGGAGCAGAUGGCCAGAUCUUUUCUUCCAUGGAGCCGCUGGUAGGUUCAAGCAGCCAAUGUUUUGGUUGGUAGCCAAGUGUUUAAUCAGUGUGCCACCAGGGCUCCUUUAGUUGUAGUUCAGCAAUCCAGCAAAGAAUGGUUAUAGCAGCAGAUGAGUAGAGACUUUUGUGCGUGUACUACUCAUUUUCACUUAAAAUGUGUUUAGUCAGAUAGACUGGAUAUAGGUUUAUUUUAAAGAGGAAUUUGCCAAAGACAGUUUCCUUGCUCUUAUUUAGAGGAUAAGUAGAAGUAAAUCACCUUCUUAAGGUAAUUCUGAUCAGCCUUUGACCUGUUCUAUAGGAAUGACUUGGGGUUACCAGCCAGUCCUUUCCAGUGAUCCGGGGACUUGUGUGUGUGUUGGGGAGGAUAGGUGGUAGCGCAGGUGCUCUCUGCCCUAGAUGGAAGCAGGGUCAGGGAGGCGAUGGUGGGACCAUCUAACCAACAAUCUCCAUUGCUGCCGUAAGAACAAAACCACGGGGCUCUAAUAGAGGGACUGGCCCAGGAGUGUGUUGAAUGCUGACUAAGAGGUGACACGACAGGGACCUCCACACAUGGUUUAGGUCGACUUUGCUCAUAGCUUCCUGGGAGCAAAGACUUGUAUCCCCAGAAAUCAGCUCUAUGGAGAGAGAGGCUGCUUUGGCACCAGUUUGAAGCAUUUAUGCCCAAAUGUCCUGUGCUCUCCAGUAAUUGAGCAUUGAAUGGAUACUACACCUGUUCUGGUUUAUGAAAAGAGGCAGGGCUUACACUCACCCCUCCCUCAAUUUAUUUAGAGAAACCAAAGUCAAAACUUGCCAUCAAGUCGAUUCUGAUUCAUAGCAACCUUAUAGGACAGAGUAGAACUGCCCUGUGGGGUUCCCAGGGAGUGGCUGGUGGUUUCAAACUGCUGACCCUUUGGUUAGCAGCCAGGCUCUUACCCAAUGUGCCACUAGGACUCCUAUUUAGGGAAAGAAGGGAGUAAGAUAUUAAUGGUUUAUGAAAACUAUCUGGCAAAAUACAAAGUCUAUGAAAUGGGCAGAUUUGGGUUCAUUUUCUCAGAAAAAGAAAUAGUGACAUUUGUCUAGUCCUUUCCAACUUACAAAGUACCUGAAUAUACAUUAUCUCCUUUAAUCUUCACUGCUGUAAAGCAAGUAUUAUUAAAUCCUCAUUUACCAGUAAAGAAACAGAACAGUUAGCUGUUGGUAGGCAGGAGGUUGGAGCUCAAACCCAGGUCCUCUGGUUCCAUCGCACAUUAUUUUCUUGCUAGGUUACAACGUGGAACCAGAGAACAAAGCUGUGGCUUUAGUUGACUGGGGUGUGCCCCGAUUUGGGUAGGAGAACUGAGGGAUAAGGGUCAGCAAGCCAGGAACUCUCCGGGAUUUGUUGUCAAAACUGUUUUAGACAGAAAUGGAGGAGGAAAGAAUCUAACCCUAAGACUUUUAUAAAAACCCUUUCCCUUUCCCCCCGCAUUUGAAAACUUUUUAAGAGUGAGUGUAGCUGGAACACAACUGGGUCCAGCCAUUCUCCCACCACCACAUGUUUCCAGAUGUUUGACCAGAGGAGGGACUGCUCAAUUCUAGCUGUGAGUCCCUUGGCAUUUACAUCACUUGUUUUUCAGCUCUCAGUUUUCUCUUUCUUCCUUCCAAGAUCCAGCGUAGGCCUCGGUGUAGAACCAAUCAUUUUAAAACAAAGUCUCGAGUUACUUAGCUGCAGGUGAUGGCCUCAGUCACUCUGGAAUGAGAGUUUGCUCCUUAACCAGUAAUUUCCAUAAUGAACAUUCACGGGCCCCAAAGCGAAUGCCUAUUUCUCACCCACUUGCCCAGGAGGAGAAGGCCAAGUUGUAAGGGAGGGACGGAAAGCUAGCUCCAUGUCUGGGGGCAGGGAGGUGGCGAUUUUGUUCACCUUUGGAGAAUCGCUUAUUAAAUAGAGGGGUCUCUUAGACUUUUGACCUCUCCUAGCGAUGGCGGGGAAGCGGAGGUCUCCUGAGCUCACAAGUUCCACACUCAUUAACUUUCAGGAGUGGCACAUCACCCACUAAAAUUUGUUGAUGGAAGGGAGUCCCAGAGAUGGGCUUUAAACUAGUAUUUUAGGUUGAGAUUCUCUCCGUGUUUGGACUUGCAGAUGUGUACAGGGCCACCAGGCUAGGAGGGGGAAGGUACUUGUUGAGGGGCAAAUAAGUGGGAGGCUGGGGUGUGCCCCAUCCCUAUUCUCCUCACCUCCAGCCUCUUCCACAAAAGCCUGCCAGGGAAGAUUGACAGGGCUCUCUCGGGCUCACCUCCAUGUCCACCCACAGGGGCGCGGUGUGGCUUUAAGCGCUGGCCUCGUCAAACCCUCCAGCCAGCUUGUCUGUUGUCCAGUUCCCUCAAUGUGUGGCAUCCCUGCCCUGCAUAAUUUAGGGAUUAGAGCUAAAUGCAUCUGUCACUUUCCUCUGUCUGGAGGCUGUGAAAUGUCCAGACUUUUUCAGAAUAGUGGAGAGAAGAAAUGUUGCAUAACUGAGCGGAGGCUUGGAGCUGCCGAGAUGUGGUGGGGCUGGGACCAGCCACUCCCUCUGAGCAGUCAGUCGGGCAGCUGUCAGGCAGUCGAAGAAUGAGUCUCAGAUGCAGUAUCAGUUUAGUUUUGAGUUUCAAACAAAAUUGGAGAGUUGGGACAACAGCAUUGUGCCAGGCUUGCUUUACCUCCUUAAUCCUUCCAACAGUUUUGUGGGGCAGGUGGUGUCAUCCUGGGCAGCCACCUUUAUCAGAGCAUAGCAGUGUCCCACCCCUCACACCUGAGCCCUCAGAGCGCUUCACACCCGUUCAGAACAAGCUCUCACUGGUGCCUGGGUAUUGGCGGCAGAAAGAAGCAGACAUGGGCAUUCCCAGAGAGCCCCAGCCUCAUUAGAGGCAACUUUCCCUCCAGACUUCUUUCCAUAGAUUUACACCCAGAAAAAUGAUGACCUUGGUCUUUUCUUCUCCCUCCCUUCUAUGGAAGGGUCAGUAACAGAACCCCAGUAACACUAGGGGUCAGGCAGAACACUGGAAAGGCGGAGGUAAGCCAGGGACUCCUGCCAUCAUUGGGGCAGGAGCCUGGGGCAGCUGUAGUUCGUCUUUAGGCAACCAGGUUGUGGUGACUCUGGACAGUCCCCACGAGCAGAGGAGACAGACAGCCGGUCGGACAGUGCUCUGAACGGUCUAAGCCGGGAGCAUAUGUUCAGUGCAGAAGGUUGACUAAUGGAUAAACUGCAAACUUGUAAAGACUUCCACCAUGUAAAGAAUGUAUGCAAAUUAAAGUUUUGUAAAGAAAGUUUUUACAUUUUGCAAUUAAAAGUGUGUGUGUUGGUUGAUUAA